AUGUCGCCUCCAAGCUCCUGGUUCACCGAAGGUCAUAUGUGCCAAGCCAUCCAGGUGGGCAACGUUAUCAGCCUUUCCCACCCAAAGCCAAGCAAGUGGAGGAUUCUCGAAGUCCUUCGUGAACACGACUACCAGAAGUACGAAACUGCCAAAGAUCCCUCUUACGCCUCUGUCCAACUAUCGUCGGAGGCUCUAGAAGACUUUCAACAUGCACACACACCUCCCCUCCUUGGCUAUCUUGAGGAUCAACAGGACCGCUUUGGGCCAGUUCCCGGCGGCUUUAUCACAUACUACGCUUGGGAGGCUAUGCCUGGAAUACGCCUUGGGGAUUACACUGGGAAGGCUACUCGGUUCUGGACCUUAGAUAAGAAGGAGCGAGAGGAAAUCCGCGUUGCUUUCCGGCAGAUCUACUUGGAAAUUACAUCAAUGGGUAUCUGGCCGGAUUCUGCUGCCGCUACGAAUCUAGUGUGGAACUCGGAGACUAAAUCCCUUACCUGGGUAGGGUUCUGGAAUUGUAGGGCCGCCCAGCCACAGCCCUGGAAAGAUUGGCGAUUAGCACUCUUCGAUUUCGUCAAAUCACCCGAUAAUUCAUGGACUGAUCCAGAUUGGAAUGGCGAUACUUCCAAGUGGGAAUACUAG